UACUACUUUUACUGGUGACAGGUUGCCGUAGCUACUCGGCUGCACAUUUUCCUGUAAACUUCAAGGUUAACUCUGCACGAGAAAACCCCGGGAAGGCUGGGCAGCUGCCUGUGUUCGACAUCUUCCCCCGGUGGCAGCAACCGGAAGACUGGAAUCUCCCUCUUUCAGCACAGGUGCACUCUUGAGGAUUUACCAGCCCUCCACGGGGGCCAGCUGGGUUUAUUCUAAAGCAACAUGCAAGAGAACACCAUCGACCAGCCGCCGUCACUGUCUCAGCUCCUGAGGGAGAGCUACCUGGCAGAGGCCAGAGCACAGCAGCGCCACAGCGAGAUGAGCCGCUCAGACGCUUCCUCCUCACGCCUUCAGAUCUACGGUUCACUAAAAGGCAAGGCUGAGGACACCGUGGGCCACAAUGAUCCCCAAUUCACCGACCUGUCAGCCUUCCUCAGCCAAGAGGAGCUGGACAAGAGCGUGAAUCUGGCCCGCCAGGCCAUCGGACACGAGCCUCGUGAGGAGAGGGCAGAGGUCAAGGCCUCUGUCACGCCAAUAACCCCCUCCAGCAUCUCCUCAGCCUCAGUUCCUUCCUCUGCACCCUCUUCUGUUCCCUUAUCUAACCCCUCUCCUGCUGCCUUCGCUGCCCCCUCCACUGCGCCCUUCACUCAGCCAGCCCCUGAACUUAAAGAACUGCCAGCAACACACACCACAUUCACACCCGACAGAAAGAUGCACAAAGCAUCCACACGGCAGGACAACAUGAUCAGGAACAGCAGGGAGUCCAGCGAAAGCUUCCAAGACUAUAACAGGUCAGCGAGGAACGCCCCGUACGGUGUGGAGACCCAGUCCAAGAAGGAGUUCCUUAACAAGGCAGCCGACUUUAUAGAGGAGCUCUCCUCUCUCUUCAAGGCCAACAGCUCCAAGCGGGUGCGACCGAGAGCCUGUAAAACCCACAGGAGCAGGGUCCAGAACAAGAGCCAGAACGAUGGGACGGUUUAUCCCCUCAGCUCUGACAACAGGGAGCGGUCCGCCCUGCCUGUGGACGUGGAGAAGGAGAGACCCAGCCCUGCUGUCAGCCACCAGCCGGUCCAGCUGGACCCCGAGACUGGACAUGUGGAGUUUCAGGACUGCAGGAUUACUGAGGAGCAGCAGUAUGACUCAGUGCCACAGGAGGCGGAGGAGGAGGCUGAAAGCUUUGCCCUGACAGACACAACAUACCCCGCGGAGCCUGUGUGUGAGCCGCCUCACUUCAUCCAGAAACUGAAAAGCAGGGAGGUUGCAGAGGGCAGCAAGGUCCAGUUGGACUGCAUCGUAAGAGGACUGCCUGUGCCUGAAGUGCGGUGGUUUUGUGAGGGCAAAGAGCUGGAGAACAGCCCUGACAUCCAGAUCGUCACCAACGGCGAGCUGCACUCUCUGGUCAUCGCCGAGGCGUUCGAGGAAGACACUGGACGCUACUCCUGCUUUGCUUCUAACUUCUAUGGCACCGACUCCACGUCAGCUGAGAUCUAUGUAGAAGGUGCCUCCUCUUCGGACUCUGAGGGGGAACAGCACUUUGAACAUGUAGCCCAGCUGCAGAGAAAACAACCAAAGUCAUCGCCGUCUUUACCUCCAUCAUCAAACGAAGCUGUCCCUGAAGAAGAGGAAGAUUCCUUCCAGCCUGCAGCAGCUGCUGAGGAACCAGCAGAGGAGCUCGUCUCCCCAACAACUAACCAAAUCCCAGUCCCAGAACCUCUUCUACCAGUCCGGACAUCUGCUGCGAUAUUCACAGUCCCUGAGCUCUCUAAAGUAUCUGUGGCAUCCACAGAACCCCCUGCUCAGGAGGAGACAUCAGUGUUGCCUGUGCAGGUGUUUUCUACUUCAUCAGGUGAUACAGAGGUUACAGAAGCCCUGGAGGUGUCGGCACCUGUCCCUGUCAUAUCGACACCACAGCCGGUGCAGACAGCCUCAGUGAUAGCUACGUCACUGCCGUUAAACUCAACUGUGCUUCCUGUUCUGUCAGCUCCAGCACAAACACCCCAACCUGAGACUCAAACUUCCAACCACAACUAUCCACAAGGUUUAAACGGCCAACCAAUAAUGGCUGCCCCUGUGUUCACAAAGAGCCUGCAGGACUUCCUUGCAUCAGAGGGCCAGCUGGUGGUGCUAGAGUGCCGUGUGAAAGGGGUGCCCUCACCUGGAGUGGACUGGUACAGAGACGGAAAACUCAUCGAGGACUCUCCUGAUUUCAGGAUCCUGCAGAAAAAGCCCAGAUCUCCAGCUGAAUCAGAGGAAAUAUGCACUUUGGUCAUUGCUGAGGUCUUUCCUGAGGAUUCGGGGAUGUUUACUUGUACAGCAAACAACAAGUAUGGAACCGUGUCUAGCACCGCUGCACUGAGGGUCAAAGGCAAUGGCAGCAACAGCAACCACGUGAGGCCUUUCAGCAGUUCAAUGGUGGAGCCUAAUCGAAUCCAAGAGCCUUCCCCAUCAGUGCCUACUGUAAUUCCUCAACCAGAGUUUGCUGUAACCAGCAGCAUCAAGCCCCACUCCAGCACCAUUCGCCUCGACCCACUUGUCUCCAGCACCUUACGACUGGACCCUUUAAACACCAGCACCCUCCGUCUGGACCCCCAAAGCUCGAGCAUGUUGCGUCCAGACCCCCUUCGCACCAGCCUGCCCAGUCUGGAACCUUCCAGCCUGACCACUAGCUCUGGCCUGAACUCUCGCAGCACCAGCACCCCAAACUUAGACCCUCUCCACCUCCACCAGGACCCUCCUGCUUCCAGUGGAGCACCUCCACAACCACAGAAUGUCAGACCAAUUUUCUCAUACCCAAAACCCUUCAUUGCUUCAUCUACAGUUGAGACAUUAGCUCAACAGGAAGUGUCCAGACCUGCAGCAAUAUCGCCUGACACGAGCUCCAAAGUUAGGAGGACCUCAAACCAUCAGAAUGGGAGCCCCGUCGUGGUGCCCCUGCCUGACCCUCCACCCAACUCCUGCCUAAAGUCAGGCAAACUGAAAAACCACAAAGCGUCACGCUCCAGCUCCAGAGUGGGUCUGCGUGUGCACUUCAAACUGCCUGAGGAUGAGGAGGAAGAGCAAAGUGAUGUAUCCGGUCACUCUGAUGAAGACAUCACUGAGAUGUUGUUCAACAAAGAACCUCCACCUGUGCUGGCUAAACCCAAACUGGAUCCAGCUCAGCUCCAGCUUCUGCACAACCAGGUCCUCAUGGAGCAGCAACAGGACCCCGACCCUCCGACCCAAACCCACGUCCAGCCUCAGUCCCACCCCCCAUUCCAGAUCCAGCUCCAACCCGAGGUCCAAAGCUCCCACGAGGCUCCGGUGUGGUCUCCCCGAGUGCACCGUGAGCCCCACGUGCCACCUUUUCAGUCAUACCUCAACACGACGGCGACGACCCCGCAGCAGGCGCCUCCCUCUGCACCUCCGCUGACCACCGCCCCCCCUGCUCCCUCACUGACCUCUGCUCCAGCAGUCAACAUCACCUUUCCACCUCUUCUCAACUCCUCUCCUGCUCCACCUUUGAGCUCCCUUCCUUCGAUUCCUCAGCUUAAGACGUCCUCCCUGGUGACCUCCCCUCCUCCUGCCCCACAGCUCAACGCAGCUCCUUCACACAGCAUAGCACCAGUAACCCAGACCAUCCAUGCCUCCCACCUCAACCUGUCCCCUGCUGCUCUUUCCAGAACACCACCCACACCCCAGUUUUGCUCUCCUCCUGCACCAAGGCUCAGCACAGUCCCUACAGAUUCAACCCCGGCCUUACAGCAGAUCACAUCUCCUGCUCCUCUCCUGAGAAGCACCCACGCCUCCCUCAUGAAUCUCUCCGCCAUCUCCCACACCUUCAACUACGCCCGGCCUAAAGAGUUCAUAGCAGCUCAGACCUUCUCUCCGGUCCGGAGUCCUUCCCCGACAGAAUCACCGGUCCCUCUGCUGCACGAGCUGGCGGCUGAGCUCAACUCCUCCGCAGCCAGCUCCCCUACUCUGCCGCCUUUCUCCCCACCGCCCAGGAUCUUCCCCACACGGGUGCUCAAGUCUCCCACCAGCCCUCCGUCCCUGGUGUCCUCGCCCACCCCGGGGUCGGCGCCGUUCCUGAACAGUGUGUUCGCCUUACGAGCCCAGUCGCCCCCUCAGGCCUCUUCUCCCACCUCCAGCAGCUCCACCCCCAGCCCCAUUCAAAACCCAGUAGCCUUCCUCAGCUCCGUCCUGCCAUCGCUGACCCCGAGCCAGGCCACCAACUCAAUGGGCCUGCCCAAGAGAGCUCCACUAGGGUUGCAAAAGAAGCAACCCAAGCCACGCCUCCCGUCUAUCGAAGACGUCCGUGAGAGCAAAGAGCUUCUCCUCCAUGACAUCGAGAAGAAGCUUCGAUUUAGAGACGAUACUCCACAUUUUACCCAUCAACAG